AUGGUGAGCUCACAAUUGGAGUCGGCGGAUUAUGCACAAAUAAAGGCGUUGCAUGAAUCACUUCCGGCUUUUGCGCCGUUGAUUCCAACUGGAGUACUCCCAUACCUUGCGUUUGUGCUAUUGACUAGCACGUUCGCACUCGGGUUUUACUUUUCUACUCUCCCCAAAAACAUCACGCGGCCACAUGAAAUCGUCGUGUCUGUCCUCGCCAGUGUACUGAGCGGCCUAGGUGUUGUCGCAUUGUUCAAUAGUGUUGGAGUAUAUGUCUGA